GGAAUCUAUUGAGCCAGUAGAAGAUGAUGUUCUUCAAGCCUUCCCUCGAAUUGAGCUAUCUGUCUCAGAACUGUGCCUUGGUACAUACUAAAUGGGCUCAAAGGAUAUAUGCAAGAAGUCCACAGAUGGAGUUCUUGAGGUAACUGUUGCUAGCUGGAGAGAGAGUAAUGGGCAAUACUAUCUUCUCGAAGCUACUAACUUCAGCUCAUUAGAGAAGACAGCUGAUGGCCUCAUACCAGGCAGGUUUCUCAUCCGCCGUCUGGGAGAUUGGGUCUCAGGAAAUCUCGUAGGAUUUCAACUUGAACACAACCAUGUUGCAUGGCAGAAGUCUUUAGAUUUGGCCCAUUUUGAUGUUCAUGAGCUUAGUGAUGCCUUGUGAUACAUACACCCCUUCAUGUCUACCCACUCCUAGUCCGUCUAGGCCCGGCUGAUGUGUUACUGACUAAGAAAGUGCGGUAACACUGAUAGAUUCUAAUUAAUAUGAAUAGGAUCCCUUUUUGACAUCAGA